UUAUAUGUACUUAGCAUCAUCAAUGCCAUCUGUCAAGUUAAAUUAGUGACGUAUUAAUUACUAAAUAACCUAAAAUAAAUACUAAUAUUAUAAAUUAUUAAUGGCAGCGAUAGAUAAAGUUAAAAUUAUUGUAGUUGGUGAUUCUGGUGUUGGUAAAACAUCAUUGACCCAUCUUAUAUGUCAUCAACAACCAAUCAGCAAUCCUUCUUGGACAAUAGGUUGUUCUGUUGAAGUGAAAUUGCACGAGUAUAAGGAAGGCACCCCUAAUCAAAGAAGAUAUUUCAUUGAAUUGUGGGAUAUAGGUGGAAGUCAAAACCAUAAAAAUACAAGAUCUGUCUUUUACAACCCUACAAAUGGUAUAAUAUUGGUUCAUGAUUUAACAAAUCGUAAAUCACAACAAAAUUUACAGAAAUGGUUACAAGAAGUAUUGAGCAAAGAUGGAAAUUAUUCAAAAUCGAAAUCAUUCGAUGAUUUUGAUCCUGAAAAAUUUGUAGGAUCGACUCAAAUUCCAAUAUUAGUUAUUGGUACAAAACUUGAUUUAGUAUCGGAAGUAAGAUCAAACAUGCACAGACGUACUUCAACUAUUGCUGAAGAAUGUGGAGCUGAUGAGAUAUUUUUGGAUUGUUGUCAAGUGAGGGCAUUGGCAGCUGGUUCUAGUUCAUCCGUAAAACUCAGCAGAUUUUUUGAUAAAGUCAUUGAAAGGCGUUACUAUGCUAUUAGGGAAGGAAGUAGUUUAGACAAACGAAGAAUGACCACCUAUACAUCAACAUACAAUCCAAAACUUUAUCAUAAUGAUUAAAAAUAUAGUUUUUUAAUCCCUUUUUGUGAAUACUUUAUUUGUUUUUUUUUUUUUCCAUUUACAUAUUAUAGUAACAAAUAUUUGGAAGUGAACCUUGACAAAUAUUAUAUUGUAAAUAUUGUAUUAAUAUUGAUUAUACAUAUGAAAUAUACGGGUUUAUAAAUUCGUUACAAAUAAAACGAAGCUACGAUUGGCUGAAUGCCAACAUUCUAUAUAACAUGGACUUCAUCGAAAGUUUUUUAACACAUAUAGUUCCUAGUUAUCUCUUUUUAAGACUUUUAUCUUUUGCAAUAAUUAAUGAAAAAAAAUUGAUUAUGUAUUCGGACCAAUAUAAAUUCGAUCAAAAAAUACUUAAUUUUUGUUUAAACAGGGCAAAAACGAUUCUAUCUAAAUACGGUAACAGGAAAUGACAUUUGAGUUAAAGAUUGAACGUGUACUUCCUCUUCAACGUAUACACAUGCUCGUGGAUGUAAUAAAGACGUUAACUACGU